AUGUCUUGUGGUUCUAAUCUUGUGGUUAAGCGUAGAUUUAGAUUUGCAUCAUGGAACAUUGGUUUGCUGACGGAUAAGAGUAUGGAGUUGAUUGAUGUUAUCAGGAAAAUAAUGGUUAAUGUUGCAUGUAUUCAAGAAACGAGAUGGAAAGGUAGCAAAGCUAAGGGGUUGGACGAUUUCAAGCUAUGGUGCUUGGGAAAUGAAUGUGGGAGAGGGGGAGUGGAAAUAGUAGUUGAUAAAGAUCUUAAAAAUGACAUUGUGGAUGUUAAGAGACUUGGAGAUAGGAUUCUCGCCAUUAAACUGGUGCUUGGGGAUGAGAUUUUUAACAUAGUUUGCGAUUACGCGCCCCAAGAAGGGCUUGAUGGCAGGGUUAAGGUACAAUUAUGGGAGCAUAUGGAUGAAAUGAUGCAGGGUCUCGAUCAGGAGGAGAGAAUUAUUAUUGGUGGGGACCUUAAUGAUCAUGCGGGCAAGGAUCAUAGAUGCUACGAAGAUGUGCAUGGAGGAUAUGGAGUUGGGGAGAGGAACGCAGAGGGGACUUCAGUGUUGGAAUUUGCAAUAACACAUGACCUUUGCAUUGCAAAUACAUUUUUUUGA